AUGCAUUUCUUCACAAUCCUUGCUACCCUCUCCGGGACGGCCAUCGCCUUCCCAACAUGGGGCCGCUUCGUUAAUGGCACCGCAAACGGCGAAGCAGAUAUCCACAAGACCACAGUUGGCGACAAUAACAUCGACAAGUCACGUAACAGCGCCGCAGUAUCCUACGAUGACCACUCUCCCUCUAUGGAUCUCAAGGACAGCAACAAUGAAGAUAACAGCAAGAGGCCAAGCUUGGGUAGCCUUCUGGAGAAGGCGAAUGUGACUGUUGGUCCUCUCACUGGCGACUCUCCGCUCGUGUCGGGUCCGCUAAUUUCACUUCCGUCGCCGCUUCUGUGGUUUAUGGGAGGCCUUGGGCUGUUUGAUAUGGCGGCGAAACAUAUACUAUCUACGGUCAUUACUCAGGUUCCGGACGCUAUGUUUAAUUCAUCGAUGACAAGGAAUAUAUCCUUGCGCAUGGCGAAGGACAACGUCUAUGCAAGGGGCACGCUUGGCAAGAUUAACCACAGCGAGGGAUGUUCUUCUUUUCAUGCAUGA